AUGAUGAAUAAUACUCUAGGUUCUUUUCAUUUAAUCGGAACGUUGCAACAUUCAAAACGAAAUUAUUCAACAACCACGAAUCAACAUCAUCAAACGAAGGACAUUGGCCACAUUCCAUCCUCGACGCAAAUCCAAAAAAAGGAGCUUCCUCUUUCACAUUUAAGAGUUUUGGAUUUAUCUCGAGUGUUGGCUGGUCCCUAUUGCACUCAAUUAUUAUCUGACUUGGGAGCCACGGUCAUUAAAAUUGAGCCACCAAAAGUUGGAGAUGAUACACGUUCAUGGGGACCUCCUUUUAUGAGAGUCGAGGGUGAGGGAAAUUUACACGAGAAUCAAAGCGGGUAUUUUCAAUGUGCCAAUCGAGGAAAGAAGUCAGUUACUGUGAAUUUAAAAUCGAAAAAUGGUCAACAGAUUUUACACAAAUUAGUAGCAAAUUGUGACAUUUUAAUUGAAAACUUUAAGGUUGGAUCUUUGGAAAAAUUUGGAUUGGAUUACAAAUCUGCAAAAGCAAUUAAUCCCGAUAUUAUUUAUUGCUCAAUUACUGGCUUUGGUCAGGAUAGCUCAAAAUCACAUUUACCAGGAUAUGAUUUUGUCAUGCAGGCAAUGAGUGGAGUCAUGUCUAUUACAGGUGAUCAAAACACUUCUCCAUUUAAAGUUGGAGUUGCCAUCACAGAUGUUAUUACUGGAAUGUAUGCUGCAGUUGGAAUUUUGUCCAAAGUCAUUGAAAAACAACGAAACCUUUCCAAUGAAGAGAAGGCAGAAAAUUCCAUUUCAACCAAUGACUGGAUUGAUUUGUCUCUUCUCGAUUGCAACAUUGCCUACUUGGUGAAUCAAGCGACCAACUAUCUUCAAACGAAUAACUCACCGAAACGAAUUGGAAAUCGUCAUCCCAAUAUUGCUCCAUACGACUUGAUUAAAUGCAAGAAUGGUGACAUUGUCGUGGCUGUUGGUAAUGACGCUCAAUUUCAACGAUUUAUUUCAGUCAUUUCUAGCAAAAUACCUCUCUCCGCUCCAUUCAAAGAUCUUGACAAGUUUACCACCAAUGCACAACGAGUGGCCAAUCGAAAACAAUUGUUGGAACAAAUUGAAGCGAUUACCACUCAAUACUUUACUAAGGAAGACCUUAUUAAUGAAUUGAACAAGCAAGAAGUGCCAUGUGGAUCUGUAAAUACAGUAGGAGAAGCACUCUCCGAUGCACAAAUUACUGAGCGCAAUAUGAUUUGGACGUUUGACCAACAGGAAGGGAAGAGCGAUGAGGAAAUUCAAAAGUAUCAUCAUGACCAACCACAAACAGGUGUGAGGACAAUUGGAAAUCCCCUCAGAUUCAUCAAUGAAGAGCACAAAGUAUUGAAUUUGAAGCAAUACACGACUCGACCACCCAUCUUGUCAGAACACACCGAAGAGAUUUUGAAAGAGAUUAUUGGAGCAAGCGAUGAGGAGAUUCAAGCAUGGAGAAAGGAAGGAACAAUUUGA